GAGCGCCGCCAGGACAGGUCGGGGCGGAAGCAGAGGUAGGGCGCCGCUCUGACGGAUUGGCGCUAAAAGCAAUAGGGCCGCUUGGCCGCUGUGUGAACGGAAUAAACAAGCAGGGAGGGCGCCGCCAUGACAACCUGACACCGGAAAAGGCGGGACUCUCCUCCGGACUGUUUCUCCCGGCACCUGCCUCGACAUGCAGGCGGCGCUGGAGGUCACUGCCCGCCACUGCGGCCGGGAGCUGGACCAGUACGGCCAGUGUGUGGCCGCCAAGCCCGAGUCCUGGCAGCGGGACUGUCACCACCUCAAAAUGAGCAUCGCUCGCUGCACCUCUAACCACCCAAUCAUCCGUCAGAUUCGCCAGGCCUGUGCAGAGCCCUUUGAGGCCUUUGAGGAGUGUCUUCGGCAGAAUGAGGCGGCCACAGGCAACUGUGCGGAGCAGGUGCGCCGCUUCCUGCAGUGCGCUGAGCAGGUGCAGCCGGCGAGCCCACCUGCAAGUGUGCAGGCACAGCCACUUCCUGCCUCCUGAGGACUCUGGACCAUGUGAAAGCUGGACAGGAGUGACUGGCCACUUACUGCCCCCAGCCCUGAAGAGUGAGUGACCAGAUGCUAUUCUGAGGGCCCUGGAUAUGGGCCCAGCCUCUGGACAUCGGGACUCACAAUAAAUAAAGACUGUGUACACCAGGCUUUGAUUCCUGCCUUCAGCACUGAGGGCCCUAGACUCCCUUCUGGGACUUCCAGAAGACUGCACGGGACAUCCCUCACUCUCCAAGGGGCAACUUCCGUCUGUCACUGAGGGCUGUUUUUGUGGGCACUGACCACCCAGCACUUCUGCCUGCACUGUGGGCUUGAGCGGCUCCUGCCAUUAGAAGAGCCCUGAGCAGCACUCAGCACACAGAAGGGGGUGCCAUGUGGAUCCAGGCAGUGGCUGCUGCAGCUUCUUCCUGUCUCCUCAGGGUGUCAGGUUCCAUGGGCACAGCUGGUGAUCACAGGCUCUAGAGGGCAGGUCUGCAGGAGAAGGACCCCAGAGUGCUGAGCUCUGCAUGCCUGGGGCUGCACCCAGAUUUACUAUUCAGACCUGUUGCUCCCCUGGAGGUGACUCCAAAUCUCCAGAAAUUGGAAGUGACUUGCCAAUGCUGACUAGACUGGCCAUUUGAAACCUGAGGAUGUGCCCUGGCUUUGAAAAAAUGAGCUAGAGUCUGUCCUGGGGAUAUGAUCUUUAAGACAAAGGCAGUUGGCCUGGGAGCUAAGGUGUAAGUCCCAGUGGUCAGGGUGGAGGGAGCAAUGAGGUCCCUGAAGGGCUGUGGGGAUCUGGUGGCUUUUGUUCCCAGCUCCAGUUUCCUUGGGUUGUAGACUGAGCCCUCCACUUUCUGGCCAACUUCACUUUGCCUGAGUGGGUUCAGUUCCAUGUAACUGAAAAGUGUGAUAACAGACAAGACAAGAUCGAGACUACAUUUCAGAAUAUCUUCCAGUAGGCUAGAUCAACUCCCUACGUGGUGACCUCAGGGGUCCAGGGGAGCCAAAUGGAAGCCUUAAACCUUUACCACACACCAUUGGUCAAAGCAAGACCUGAGACAGGAGUGGCGGGGGUUGGAGGGGAUAGCACCUCUCAAUGGCAUUUAGCUGCAGACUUUUUGCCUGUGUUUAAACUACCAUAAAAUCUUCAUAGUUUCUA